GGCCGCAUAAACAACGACCGCGUUUCGUCUGUACGAACGAAUGCCCCCCUCAUCCCCGUUUGUGUUGCUGCAGUCAAUCACCGAUAGAGUCCGGAGAAAGAGAUGGCGAUGGCCAAAGUAGUUAUGCGAGGCCCGCUCUUUCAAAAGGGCUCGGGAGCUUGGAAGAGGAGAGCAGUCGUUGUGUUUUGUGGGAGCGAGAACGACGGGAAACUGCACUCUGCCUGCAUGGCCCUGUAUGACAACCACGAGAACGCUGAGCGAGCCGGCGACAAGAAACCCAUGGAGAUAAUCCAGCUCGUGGGUGCAAAGAUCAAGGAACUGACCUACUCGUCACCCAUCCGUUCCCAGGGGUCGCCACGGUCAGGUGGAACUCUGUUCCUGGUGAUCCAUUCCAAUAAAGUCAACGAGUUCAGAUCGGAGAGUGGAGUCCACUGGCCGAGCCUUCUCACGCUACUGACGAUGUUUCCGUACUCUGUCAUCCCAGAGGAGCCCAACCCAAUCAGCGAUGGAUUCCGGUACAAAGUGGACCCCAAGUCCCACGGAGCAGAUUCAGCAUGGACAGUGUACAUAAUGCCAGAGGAGGUGGGCUCCAGAUGCAAUAUGCUAGGGGUCCACAUUCUCCUUCUCAGAGGUGGCAUCCCUAAUCAGAGUGUGGGACAGCUCCAGAUCGUGAGUCAGUCCGACGUGGGGAAACCGAUCGUCGCAUGGGACCGAGACAAGAUGCGCAGAACGGGAAUGACGUGGAACCUCGUGUUCAUCGAGAUAGGGCAGAGGUGCCAGGGAGGGCCGGGGCUGGUGUGGAUGUAUGCAGGGCCCAAAGAGGCUUACCCUCUCAGAGAAACUCUCCACAGAUUCCUCUUCGAGGGAGAUGGUAAGGCAGUGUCCAUCCCAACCAGAGACAUAUUCGACUCUUCCAGACCACGUUACUCCGUCAACACGAGUCUCCCGUCGUCCUACAAGAGAUCCCAGUCCUCCUCCAGUUUCAAGUACAGUGAGGUGUCGGUUGGUCAAGACUCACCUAUCUCUCUCUCUUGCUCCCCGGCCCCGGCCCAAGACGUCCCUCCACCGGUACUCCUCUAUAAACACCCCUCCUUCCGUAAACAGUGUUCGGUCCCCGUGCCUCACAGCUCGCGCUGUUCGGCCUCCCCGAGUGGCAGUUUCGGAGUUCCGUCCCAGCAGUCAUACAGUCAUUCUGUGGGCUCGUUCAAUGAUGAUGAAAUGUUUGACGAGCGAGCAAUGUCGAGACAGUCCGUGUCGCCACAUGACGACCCCCACGAGGAGAAUGAGGAAUCAGGGAGCAGGCAGUUCAGGAUGGAUUCUGAUUUCGGUGCAAGUAGCAAUGCUCAUCAUCAUUGUGAAACUAUGCUUCCACGCCAAGAGCAGCACGAGUACGAAACUAUGUGCCACCCAAGCCACAGCAGACUCCAUAAAGCUCACGAGGACUACAUCAAGAGAUUGCCGGCUUUUAGGAGAGCAGUCAUUGUGUUUUGUGGGAGAGAGAACAACGGGAAACUGCACUCUGCCUGCAUGGCCCUGUAUGACAACUACAGGAACGUCGAGCAACCCGGCGACAAGAAACCCAAGAAGAUAAUCCAGCUCAUGGAUGCAAAGAUCAAGGAACCGACCUACUCUUCUCCCGUCGGUUCCCAGGUGUCGCCACGGUCAGUUGGAGCUCUGCUGGAGAAAGCCUGUCAGUUGCUGGUGAUAAAUUCCAAUGAAGUGAACGAGUUCAGAUUGGAGAGUGGUGACAUGAAAUUCCACUGGCUGAAGCUUCUCACGCUACUGGCGAUGUUUCCGUACUCUGUCAUCCCAGAGGAGCCAUCCUCCAACCCAAUAAGCGAGAGAUUCUGGUACAAAGUGAACCCCAAGUCCUGCGGAGCAGAUUCAGCAUGGGCAGUCUACAUAAUGCCAGAGGAGGUGGGCUCCAGAUGCAAUAUGCUAGGGGUCCACAUUCUCCUUCUCAAAGGUGGCAUCCCUAAUCAGAGUGUGGGACAGCUCCAGAUCGUGAGUCCGUCAGACGCGGGGAAACCGAUCGUCGCGUGGGACCGAGACAAGAUACGCAGAACGGGAAAUAUGGGGAACCUCGUGUUCAUCGAGAUAGGGCGGAGGUGCAAGGGAGGGCCGGGGCUGGUGUGGAUGUAUGCUGGGUUCGAAGAGGUUCACCCUCUCAGAGAAACUCUCCACAGAUUCCUCUUCGAGGGAGAUGGUAAGGCAUUGUCCAUCCCAACCAGAUACUCCUCUGUCUAUUCCAAACCACGUUCCUCCGUCGACAUGAGUCUCCCGUCGCCAUACGAGAGAUCCCAGUCCUCCUCCAGUUUCCAGUACAGUCAGGGGUCGGUUGGUCCCAGCGACGACUCGGGGUUCAAAGACUCACCUCUCUCUAACUCUCGCUCCCUGGCCCAAGACGUCCCUCCACCGGUACGCCUCGAUACACACCCGUCCUUCCGUAAACAGCGUUCGGUCCCCGUGCCUCGCAGCUCGGCCUCCCCGAGUGGCAGUUUCGGAGCUCCGUCCCAGCAGUCAUACAGUCACUCUGUGGACACGUUCAAUGAUGAUGAAAUGUUUGACGAGCGAGCAAUGUCGAGACAGCCACACGACGAUGGACACUAUGAGGAGAAUGAGGAAUCAGGGAGCGGGCAGUUCAGGAUGAAUUCUGAUCGCGAUAACUACAUCAAAAUGACCCAGGCUUUAGCAGGGCUGAAAAUUCCUCGACCCGUUGUACCCAGCAAUUACGACGUUCCUCGACCCGUUGUACCCAGCAAUUACGACGUUCCUCGACCCGUUGUACCCAGCAAUUACGACGUUCCGCCUCUGUUCUGCACACAAAGCGGAGAGUCGCUGGUUCCAUCGCCAGCCAGUCCGUCCUCAAACUACCAUAAUUCUGGUCCACUCCCAACAAUUCAAGAGGCUCCGGAGACACGCGAGCAACUGAACGUGUCCGCUGCGUCAAAAACAAGAGAUGAAGAUUUCGUUGUCUACCACCCGAACUACGACAAUGCCGAGAUCAGGAGCGAGCGGCAGAGGGAUAGCUGUGAGACUUACCAGAACGUCCCACUCAUAGACGAGGACUUGCCCCAACAACCAUUCCGUAGUCUGACCAGCAACAUGGAGAAGGGGCAGUACACUCCACCGAAGAACAAGAACGGUCCUCAUUUGCACUACGCCCAGCGCCAGUUAUCGUCCACUGCCGUGUCGCCUCCCGGGCUGCCCCCUCGUGUUCCUGUCGUUUGACCGACUUCAGACUUGUGACUCAUCAACCCUCCUCCCUCCCCCCUUACCCUCUAAUUAUAAAAGAAACCUCAGCCUAUUUAACCGAAGCAGAGACUGGGAAGCUAAUAAUAUUCAUAUACCAUUAUAACAUCGCACAUCACAUCACGUUCCAGAUUUGCCAGUAAUUGUUGGUAAAAAAACUGAAAAAUUCUCCAAAAUAUUAAAUUCCUACAACUGACUCCAACAUCAAUUUCAGUGAUUUUUGCCAUUUAACCCUUACGGCGCUAUGGGUGUUUCCUUAACCAAGCAGAAAUUGAUGUACAUAAUAUUAACGCCUAGUAUUAUAGGGCUAUAUAAAUUCUUAUGGACUUAUGGAAGCUCUGUGCAUAUAUAUAUGUAAAACGCUGGCAAAGGGUUAAGUUAUGUACGGUAUGUACAGCUUAUUUCUCGUUUGUUGUGUCAUGCACUGUUUAAAUUGUAUACUGU